AAGUGGUCUCUUGUUUCAUUGUAAGGGAUUAAAGACUAUCGAUGAAAAUCUGCUCGUUGAACAAGACACUGUUAGUCUUCACUUCUUAAGAAUUACUCAAAUUGUUUGGCUGUCAAUUGGUUGGGACAUGUCAAAAUUCUCGUUAACAGAAAUCGUGCUUAUGGCGUUCUUUACUGUAUGGUGUUUAAAGCCUUCGCUAGAGGCACGCAUGUGUAAAAACGCUUACAACGACCCAAACUGUCAAAGACAACAUAAAAUAUGCUGUAAUGGCGUUUGUAAUGCCACUUGCAUCGGGAAACGCUGCCGUUGGGACAUUCAGUGUAGUUCCCGUAAAGAUGGCCACAAAUGUUGUAACGGCAUUUGCAGAGCAAGCUGUGAAGGACAUCCUUGCCAAUCAAACCAGAACUGCAAGGGCAAGUCGUUGAAAUGUUGCAGUAAGGUAUGCCGAAAAGAUUCUUGUCUUGGUUACAGUUGUAACAAGUAUCGACCGUCAUAUCGAACGUGUCGCAGACACUUUGGUCAGCGGAUGUCCUGCUGUAGUGGACGAUGCGAGCUCUCUUGUCUCGACAAACCAUGUGUACAGAAUGAGGACUGUGGGGGAUGGGGAAGGAGGAAAAUGAGCUGCUGCGAUGGCGUUUGUAAGAAAAGUUGCCUCGGAUCCCGAUGCGACAGACAAUAUGAUUGCAACUCUAAUCGACUCGAUUGCUGUGGCGUGUUUGGAAGCAAAACUUGCCAGAAAUCUUGCCUUGGUCAGCAAUGUUCUUUGGAUGAAGUAAACGAAUGUGGAAGACGAAGGUCGGGAAGGCUCUUCUGCUGUGGAGAUGGUACAUGUCGAAGAACAUGUCUAGGAUCCAUUUGUUUCUCUGAAACAUAUAGAGAUGACUGUAAAUCUACCGGCAAACUUCUCUAUUGCUGUGGCAUGGGUCAGAAAAGAUGUCGUCUCAGUUGCAGUAGUCUGCCGUGCAAGAAAAACGAAGAUUGCGGAACGUUGAUGUACUACUGCGGCAGCAGGGAUCAGCGAAAUAUUUCCGCUUGUCGUAUAACUCAAGUUUCAGACUUGAAAAUAUUUCAUGACGUCAACUUGCAAAAUUUAUAUCUUGACGACUGAAAAUUUCACCACUGAUUAUUUUGUCAUGCUUAUAGUGCGUUAAGAAGUAUUGUAUUUGAUUUUUAUCGUAAUGGCUUUAAAUUUCAUGUGGAAAAGCCGAUGGUAUGACAUUAGUUUCAUCUAACUCAGAUUACUUGAGUAAGAUUAGCUGUAAGUUAUCCUGCAAGUACUGUUUUCAUUUAACUGUUUACUGGCCAGUUAUCUUAAUCGUGAAGUAGGUAACGCCCCUUGGAAAUGCUCUGUGACCUAAGUUCAUUAACAAGUAACCAAUUAGCUAUAUAGAAUACCCUUGUACUGAGGAAAAAUCUAUAAUAAAGACUGUAAUAAAUCGUA